AUGGGAAGCUGCAGCACGUGGACAUGGCAGGAGCUGCUGGUGCUGCUGAGCAGCAUGUGGCUGUGGGUGGGCAGUGCCCAGCCCACCCCCCUGGGCCCCACGCACACCCCUGGGCCCCAGCUGAAGUUUCGCCUGGCUGGCUACCCACGCAAGCACAACGAGGGUCGUGUUGAGGUCUUCUACAACGAUGAGUGGGGCACCAUCUGUGACGACGACUUCACGCUGGCCAAUGCACAUGUGCUGUGCCGGCACCUCGGCUUUGUGGCUGCCACUGGCUGGGCCCACAGCGCCAAGUACGGCAAAGGCGUUGGGCGGAUCUGGCUGGACAAUGUGAAUUGUGCAGGAGGUGAGAAGAGCAUUGGGGACUGCAAACACCGGGGCUGGGGGAACAGCGACUGCAGCCAUGAGGAAGAUGCGGGUGUCAUCUGCAAGGAUGAGCGCAUCCCAGGCUUCAAGGACUCCAACGUCAUUGAGACUGAGCAGAGCCACGUGGAGGAGGUCCGCCUGCGGCCGGUGGUGUCCGGGGCUCGGAGGCAGCUGCCAGUGACAGAGGGCAUCGUGGAGGUGCGCCACAAGGAUGGCUGGGCACAGAUCUGCGAUGAGGGCUGGGACAGCCAGAACAGCCGCGUCAUCUGCGGCAUGAUGGGCUUCCCUGCUGAGAAGAAGGUGAACAGGAACUUCUACAAGCGGUUGAAGCGUGCAGCAAGGAUGAAGGGCCGGAGCCUGAGGCCAGGCAGCAGGCUGGACUCCAAAUCUCAGCCUAAACAAAAGCGCAGGGAGGACGUAGGGUCCAAGAAGAGGCUCUUCACGGAGCGGCAGCAGCUCAACUACCGCCUGCACUCUGUGUCCUGCACAGGGACGGAGGUGCACCUCUCCAUGUGCGCCUUUGAGUUCUAUCAGGGCAACACCUCGGCUGCCUGUGGGGCCGGCAUGCCCGCUGUUGUCAGCUGUGUGCCUGGGCCCCUCUUCGCUACUGGCAAUGCCCACAAGAAGAAGCAGCGCCAACAGCAGCAGGGCCAGCCGCGGAUCCGGCUGAAGGGUGGCGCGAAGGUCGGCGAGGGCCGCGUCGAGGUGCUCAAGAGCAGCGAGUGGGGCACAAUCUGUGAUGACCGCUGGAACCUGCUGUCAGCUAGCGUGGUGUGCCGCGAGCUGGGCUUCGGCAGCGCCAAGGAGGCCCUCACUGGGGCACGCAUGGGCCAAGGGAUGGGGCCCAUCCACAUGAACGAGGUGCAGUGUCUGGGCACUGAGAAGUCCCUUUGGAGCUGCCCCUUCAAGAACAUCACGCAGGAGGACUGCAAGCACACAGAGGACGCAGCCAUCCGCUGCAACAUCCCCUACAUGGGCUACGAGAACCUGAUUCGGCUGAGCGGGGGCCGGAGCCGCUUCGAGGGGCGGGUCGAGGUGGCGGUGGGGGCUGGCGACGGGGACCAGCUGCGCUGGGGUCUGGUCUGCGGCGAAGGCUGGGGUACGCUGGAGGCGAUGGUGGCCUGUCGCCAGCUGGGUCUGGGAUUCGCUAACCACGGCUUACAAGAGACGUGGUACUGGGACGCCAGCAACGUGACGGAGAUGGUGCUGAGUGGGGUGAAAUGUGCUGGCCAUGAGAUGUCCCUGAGCCACUGCCAGCACCAUGGCACCAGCCUGAACUGCAGGAACACAGGCACGCGCUUCGCUGCAGGCGUCAUCUGCUCCGAGACUGCAUCCGACCUGCUGCUGCAUGCCCCGCUGGUGCAGGAGACGGCGUACAUUGAGGACCGGCCACUGCACAUGCUGUACUGCGCUGCUGAGGAGAACUGCCUCUCCAGCUCGGCCCGCCUGGCUAACUGGCCCUACGGGCACCGUCGCCUGCUCCGCUUCUCCUCCCAGAUCCACAACAACGGCCGUGCCGACUUCCGCCCCAAGGCCGGCCGGCACUCCUGGGUCUGGCAUGAGUGCCACCGGCACUACCACAGCAUGGAUAUCUUCACCCACUACGACAUCCUGACCCCCAAUGGCACCAAGGUGGCAGAGGGACACAAGGCCAGCUUCUGCCUCGAGGACACUGAGUGUGAGGAAGAUGUGGCCAAGCGGUAUGAAUGUGCCAACUUCGGGGAGCAGGGCAUCACCGUGGGCUGCUGGGACCUGUACAGGCAUGACAUCGACUGCCAGUGGAUCGACAUCACUGAUGUCAAGCCAGGCAACUACAUCCUGCAGGUCGUGAUCAACCCCAACUUCGAGGUGAUAUGGCAGAAGCAGUGGGGCUGGGGGCAGGCUGAGGGGCUUGAGGCAGGAUGGCUGGGCUGGCACGAGGAGGCAGGGGCUGCAGUCCUGGGGGCAGCUGCGGUGGGAGCGGAGGCGCUGCAGGGGGGGCCAGGCAGCGUGCAGCACCAGAGCCAACAGCUCUUGCCCUCUGCCCACCCAGGCGAUGCACUCAGCGAGGAGGCCAACAAGCGGUUUGAGCAGUACCCCGGUCAGCUCAACAACCAGAUCUCAUAG